GGGUGGAUGAAAAUUGUCAAUAGUAUAAAGGUUCGGGUUAAUUGAGUCGUCCAAUUUAGUUUCAGUGAGUGCGAGAAUUGUGAUUUUAUUAACGUCGACAAAAUUUGGGGCUACCCAGCAAAAAAGACCGCAGGCUAAUCGGUCCAGCGGUUGCUGAGAUAUAAGCCUCUCAAAAGCGUUACAGGCCGGGCCGGGCCGGGCCGCUCAUACUGAGAUUUUUCCGUUAUAUUGAAAAGACUUCGCUUCGCUCGCUGCGCUCGCUCGCUCGUAAUCAAUGUCGCAUUGGAAACAAUGAGAUGAUUUGACAUGGUACUGCGUAUUACGAAUCUGUCACGUCAUUGUCUCUGAGUAUACGAGUACAGUACAGUGCCGGCUGUGUGUAACCUAUCGGAUUCGGAUAGUUCUGCACUUGGCUUGUAAACUAAUGUAAACACGUAUCUCCUUACUACCACUUACUCGUGUAUCAGCAGCUAUUGAAGUGACCAUACUCCGGCGAAUCAAUGCCGCUGGUGUACACGCUACAACCUUUAGUUCGUAUCCGUUUCUUCUAAGUCAAAUAGUUACUUCGAUAUCGUCUUCUGCGUUGCGCGGACUCACCUUCUAUUCCACUCUCUCUCCGUGUGAUUCGGCAGGAUUGUCCUCCCUUUGGCCCCAAUGACCCCGGCUGCAGCUUGGUCGAUAAAUAUGCAUAGAUAAAUACACCACGGGGACGACCGUCUCAUUCAUCAUGUAUUACGCUCCCCCCCCCCCCCCCAGCAUUAUGCUCUUCCCGUACUAGAACUAACCGUUUCUCCUCCCCUCCCCCAGGAAUACUGGGACCACGAGCCGUUCAGCGCCUUCAAGGAUGACAAGGGCGACAUCUACGCCCGCGGCACCCAGGACAUGAAGAGUGUGACCAUGCAGUACCUGGAGGCGAUCCGGGUACUGAAGGCUCGCGGGUUCCAGCCGCGGCGUACCGUCCACCUCACCAUGGUGCCCGAUGAGGAGAUUGGCGGUGUCACCGGUAUGAAGGAGUUUGUGGCCACGGACGAGUGGACCCGCCUGAACGUGGCCUGCGCCCUGGACGAGGGAAUGGCCAACCCCGGAGAACAGAUGACCGUCUUCUACGGCGAGCGGCACACGUGGAAGGUGGAGGUGACCUGUCUGGGCCACACGGGUCACGGCUCCCAGUUCCUGCCAAACACGGCUGGUGAGAAGCUGCGCCGCGUGCUCGACCUGUUUCUGACGUACCGCGGCGAGCAGGAGCGUCUGCUGGCCGCCCACCCCGACUGGAAGCUGGGGGACGUCACCACUGUCAACCUGACCAUCAUCAGUGGUGGAGUUCAGCAGAACGUUGUGCCGGACAAGUUCCACGCCUGUUUCGACUGCCGCGUGGCCCAGAAGACGCCUCCGGACGAGUUUGAGGCUCUGGUGCAGGGAUGGUGUAAACAGGCCGGAGAGGGAGUCACCUACCAGCUAACACAGAAGGAGGACAACCCCGACCUGAGCCCCAUCAGCCCCGGUCACCCGUGGUGGGCGGCCUUCACGGCGGCACUGACCAAACUGAACGUACCGGUGUGUCCGGAGAUAUUCCCGGCCGGCACCGACAGCCGCUUCAUACGACGGCUGGGUAUCCCGUGUUACGGCUUUUCACCGAUGAACCACACGCCGAUACUGCUACACGAUCACAACGAGCGGCUCAACGAAGAGGUGUUUCUGCGCGGCAUCCAGCUCUACGUGGAGCUGAUACAGAGCAUGACGGCAGUCACCGCCUAGCAGAUGCCCCAGACGAGGGUGGCGCGGUCGCUGGACGGGUGAGAGGAGGGUGGGAAUCGGGCGAAAGGGCCGGGAAUCUUGCGGGAGUGCAGGGAAUCUUGCGUGAGAGCCAUUAAUAUUAUGAUGAGGGUGUUAUUGCCAGAGACUUGGGGGAAAAUUGCGUUCAUGGCAAUGAGUGUUUCCUGUUGGUAUGUUGAAAGUCCAGGUAUUGAAUGAAUCUUAGCAGGGUGUAGAUGAUCUUGUAGUUCGGAAACCUGUUACUGUCAUGAUCGUCAUUUUAUCAAGGGCCAGUGAAUCUAGGUGAAUCUAGUUACUGAAAAUGUGAUGCUCAAUGCUCAUAAGGACAUUGGUUCAGGCAGUUAUUGGUAUUAGUACUUUUGGUGGCAUGUCAUCUUUUUCACCUUGUCAGUGAUUGGGAUAGGAUAAGUCAUGUAGGUUCAUUUAUAAUAAUGCAACUUUUGUCGCCAUUAGAUCACGCAUUCAGGGAAAUAUAUAAAUAUAGCAAUAACGAACUUCUUGACUGGUCGUGGCCGCAAUACCUUACAACCGGUUAUGGCUAUCAUUUCCUCUUGGUAACAGCCGCGCUCAGCACAGGCACUAGGCUGCCGACGGUGUACCAAUGUCGUGUCCCAAGCUACCAUAAAAACCGCGUGUUGAGCUCGGGGUGACCAUUUUCGGAGGUAUUUGUUACGAGUACACCGAAAAUAACUGAGGUUAGAGCAUGCCAACAAGCGAUUUUUUUAGUCUAGGUUCUAGGGCUGGGCCUCGUUGAAAUGUGUCAAACACUACGGUACAAAAUAGCUUCCACGGCAAUGUUCUAUUCGUAUUGUUGUGCGUGUUAAAGCCCAGGCUGUGUGAUUCGCUGGAUAACUGCAGUGUGACCUAUAUUCAUGGCGAAAUUGUGAUCUGUGACACGUAUUGCCUUUUUAAAGUCUUCGAUGACUUGUUGUCCUGUUUAAGAAUCAGGGAAGUCCAUUUGAUAACCCAGUGGUAUUGUGCAAUCCCGAGAAACUGAUCCCCGGGUCACGUAACCUUAAUUGCUGGUUUUCGGCUGGCAACGCCGAUUUCAAUGCCGGCGUCUUGACAAUAGUGGCUGGAUUGACAUACAAUAACUUGUCGGCUGUGCUUGUGAAGCACAACUCGAUUCAAAUAUACCGAUUUUAUGCCAGCAAAA